CUAUAGCUCAGUAUUUAGACAGUAGACCUGUAGGCUACAGCUCAGUAUUUGGACAGUAGACCUGUAGGCUACAGCUCAGUAUUUAGACAGUAGACCUGUAGGCUAUAGCUCAGUAUUUAGACAGUUGACUUGUAGGCUACAGCUCAGUAUUUAGACAGUAGACCUGUAGGCUACAGCUCAGUAUUUAGACAGUAGACCUGUAGUCUAUAGCUCAGUAUUUAGACAGUAGACCUGUAGGCUACAGCUCAGUAUUUAGACAGUAGACCUGUAGGCUACAGCUCAGUAUUUAGACAGUAGACCUGUAGGCUAUAGCUCAGUAUUUAGACAGUAGACCUGUAGGCUACAGCUCAGUAUUUAGACAGUAGACCUGUAGGCUACAGCUCAGUAUUUAGACAGUAGACCUGUAGGCUAUAGCCCAGUGGAGCCCCAGUUUGAAAACGAUAUGACACCUGUCUUGAUGCUGAUUAUCCUGUACUGGAGCUCAGGUAGUUCAAUUCUGUUUAUUAUAUAUUAUCCGUGCGUUCCAAAUGGAACCCUAUUUCCUAUAUCGUGCACUGCAUUUGAGCUGGGCCCAGUGGGUCAGUAGUGCAUCAUAUAGGGAAUAGGAUUCCAUUUGGAUUUAACCUAUGUACUGUGUCUGUGUUCAGUUAAUUGCUCUGCACAUACAAACACACACACACACACACACACUCACACUCACACUCACACACAUGUACAGGUACACGUGCACGCCCACACACACGCAUGCAAACCCAUGCACAAGCACACACACCUUUAACAUUUUUAAAUGUAACAUCCGUCCUCUGUCCUGUCCCUAGUGUACACAGCUGAUGUCCCAGUCAGACUGGUGGGUGGGUCCAACAGCUGCCAUGGGGAAGUGGAGAUCUUCCACCAUGGAGAAUGGAGGAAAGUGUGUGAUUCCAUGGAUACUCUGUUAGACGAGGUGAAAGUGGUGUGUAAACAAAUGGACUGUGGGUACCCUUUGCACAGAUACUCAUCGUCGUCUGGGCUUAGAGGGCAAGCUGUAAAGUGCUCAGGUAAUGAGUCUACACUUGGAGAGUGUCUAGUCAGCCCAGAAGCUGAACGCUGUUCAUACGUUGGUGUAGCUUGUUCAGACUUUGUGCGGCUUGUGGGUGGAGAGAAUGCAUGCUCUGGUAGAUUGGAGGUGAAGUCCAAUCAGUCCUGGGCCUCAGUGUGUGAAGCUGACUUUGACUGGCAGGAUGCAGAGGUAGUUUGUCGGGAGCUUCUCUGUCCAGAUCUUUCUGCUCUACAGGGGGGGCUCUAUGGAGAAGGUGAGGGUCAGACCUGGGAUAAAGAGUUCCAGUGUAAAGGCAAUGAGUCCCUUCUCCUGGACUGCAACACCGCAGCCAGAGAAAAGAAGAACUGCACACAUGGAAAUGAUGUGGGACUCAACUGCUCAACUACACUACUCGGUCUGUUGCAGGGAGGGAGUAGGUGUGCAGGGAAAGUGGUUUUACAUCAUUUGGGUGGGGCCACAAUAGCGGGCACUGACUGGGACAUCAAUGAAGCAACUGUGGUGUGCAGACGGCUGGACUGUGGUUCUGCAGUUACAGCAACACGAGGCAGUUACUUUGGGAGAGGAUCUGGAUUAGUCACACAGAUUUAUUUUUCAUGCAGAGGAUCAGAGUCUGAACUGCGCCGAUGCCCAUACUCAUACGCUGGCUUCGGAAGCUUUUCUCACGACGGAGACGAUGCCGGUGUGGUUUGUUCAGAUCUCCUGGUCCAGCCUGAUAUCUCCCUGAAUGUCUCAACGGAAGGGGUGUCCAGGGGCUACCCGGGGCCCGAGCUGUUAUGGGGCCACAGCUUCACCAUCACCUGCUCCACUCAGCCACAGUACCCAGGAGGCUCCUUCCUCCUCACGCUCCCCGGGAUCAACAGAACCCAGACCCAGCCAGCUGUCAAUCACUCUGCUGCCUUCCUCUUCCCUGCUGCAGACGACUCCCACCAAGGAAACUACAGCUGUGUUUAUAAGAAUGAUGUUUUCUCUCAUAACUUCUCCUCUGAGAGUGAGCUCCUCUCUCUGACCGUAACAGCCUCUCCUCUGCCAGCUGUCAUCAUCAGACUGGUCAUAGUGCUGCUGACCACCACCGCUAUGUUUCUGCUCUGCAAGUCAAGAGCCAGGUCAGUAGGUGUCAACAGAGAGCUGGAUAGCGGUGCGUGGAGGGGUUUCCCCUGCAUCCCAGGAGGGAGGGCUGCUGGCAGAGAGAGGGGAGAGCAGCCCAGAGGACAGGAGGAAGAGGACGAGCAGGAGGCAAGUCUUUGAACACACUGCCCAAGAUCAGGUUACACACACACACACACAUCUCCAGAAUAAGCUAUCUAAGAUGUAGGUCAUUUCCAUUGACUAAAUUCUGAGUAAUUUCCACAAAAUUAGGAAAUGGACAUGAGUUGGGUUGGGUGCUGCAUUUCUAACUUUUAAUAUCUCUCCAGUUUGUCCGCACACAUAUAUACACACACACACACACACACACACACACACACACACACACACACACACACAGACAGAUCUUCAGAAUAAUCAAUGUAAAGAUAUAGGUAAUUUCCACAGUUCUGAGUACAGUAUGUCUUGACUCGUUUCCUGCAUAUAAAACCCUGAUCAGAUACUAGCUGGGACUGGUGGGGGUGUGAGAAAGAAAGGUGUAGAGAAAAUAUAAAUGAUGGGAAAAAAAUGAUACGUGAUUUUAAUUUCAUAUUUUGGCAACUUUCUCAUCAAAAUUAACUCAUAGCUCUUUUCUUGAAUUACAGAUUUGUACACAUGUUGCAGUUUGGUGCUGCUUUGCAUAAUGUAUGUAUCCUAUAUCCCAUAACCUGUGUUUUUACAAAUGUAUGGUUGUGUCGCAAAUGUCACCCUAUUUUGACCAGUGCCCUAUAGUGCAGUAUGUAUGGAAAGUGCACUAAAAUAAUUCAUGCUUGUGUAAAUAAUAUAUAUAUAUUUUUUUAUCAAAUAAACUAUGUUAUCAGUGCAUAGUACACACAUAUGAGUUUGUACAAGUGUAAGACUGAUACAGCUACUGUAAACUGUACAUUUUCCGAUUUUAAAUUUUCUCAUUAAUAUUGAUGUUACUAGUUUUUUUUAAAAUUUUAUAUUAGCUACAGAUGAUGGUAACUACCAGACAGGACAUACUGUAUGUUAUGCAUAUCCAGAAUGCUUUGCUUUUAUUCAUUGAUUGGCCUAUCUGGUAAAGAAAAGGUCAUUGAUGUUACAGAAAACAUUUAACUGAUUCAGAAAAUAAAACUUUAAUUC